AGUCAUGUACAACACUUCCCUCCCUUCAGUUCAUGAAGUAACAGCUGUGAGAUAUUUGGUGCACCAUGCGUUUUGUUCUUGCCAACCCAGGACUCGAUAAUAGGAUCCCUUCCUAUAAGGAUCUAGAGAGAACAGAGGAGGAGGCUGGUGACCGGCCCAAGUGGGACAACAAAGCCCAGUACAUCCUAACUUGUGUGGGCUUCUGCAUCGGGAUCGGCAAUGUUUGGAGAUUCCCUUACUUGUGUCAAAGUCAUGGAGGAGGCGCAUUUAUUAUUCUAUACUUGAUCCUGUUGGUGUUGGAGGGAAUGCCUCUCCUGUUGCUGGAGUUUGCAAUCGGCCAGCGUCUCAGGAAAGGAAGCGUGGGAGUUUGGAGGUCUAUCAACCCUUAUUUAACUGGUAUAGGAAUAGGUUCUAUGCUGGUGUCGUUAUUGAUUGGACUGUACUACAACACCUUAAUAGCCUGGAUCAUGUGGUAUCUCUUCAAUUCCUUUCAAAACCCGCUGCCCUGGUCCCAGUGCCCCCUCAAUGACAAUGGGACAGGCUUUGUACCAGAAUGUCAGAGGAGCUCAACCAUGGAUUACUACUUUUACAGAGUAACUCUAAAUAGUUCGACCUCUAUAGCUGAAUCUGGUGGGAUUCACUGGCCCAUCGUAGUCUGCCUGCUAGCUGCCUGGACAGUCAUUUGUAUCUGUUACAUACGGGGGAUCAGCACCUCAGGCAAGGCGGUGUACGUCACAGCCAUCCUGCCUUACAUAGUGCUGACCAUCUUCCUGAUCCGAGGACUGACUCUUAAAGGAGCCCUGAGUGGAAUAAUAUACCUUUUCACCCCAGAUAUCAAUGAGUUGACGAAACCAACAACUUGGCUGGAUGCAGGUGCCCAAGUGUUUUACGCCUUCAGCUUAGCAUGGGGAGGCCUCAUCUCGUUCUCAAGUUACAACCCUAUUCAUAACAACUGCAUGCAGGAUGCUAUGAUCCUGACGGCCAUAACUGGCUUCACGUCAAUCUUUUCUGCGGUCGUCACCUACACAGUCAUUGGCUUCAGAGCCACAGAGAACUAUGACAGCUGUAUCAGUGAUAACAUCCUGACAUUACUAAAUGCAUUUGACCUUCCUGAAGACAGCAUCACCACCAGCAACUAUGAGGCAGCUUUUCACCAUCUCAACAGCUCCAAUCCUGAUAUUGUUUUUGGAUUGGGCAUCAAACCCUGUGACAUGCAGAAACUUCUCAGUGAGGGAGUGGAGGGAACAGGUCUGGCCUUCAUUGUGUUCACAGAAGCAAUAAUGGAGAUGCCAGGUUCCCCAGCCUGGUCUGUCCUCUUCUUCGUCAUGCUUUUUUGCUUGGGAAUCUCAACCCUUUUUGGCAACAUAGAGGGAGUGGUUGUCCCACUGAAAGAUCUGAAAAUGUUGCCCAAAAAAUGGCCCCAAGAAGCAAUAACAGGAGUUACAUGUUUUAUAGCCUUCAUCAUCUCCCUCCUGUUUGCGCAGCAUUCAGGGAUUUAUUGGGUAACUCUCUUUGACAACUUUGCUGGAUCUGUUCCACUUCUCACCAUUGGGUUUUUUGAGAUGAUAGCUGUUGUUUACAUCUAUGGCAUUGACAGGUUCAAUGAGGACGUGAAGUUCAUGAUAGGAUACAAGCCCUCCAUCUUCUGGCAGGUUUCAUGGAGAUUCACUAGUCCUCUAGUCGUUCUGGUUAUUUUAGUUUUCUAUUUGGUUACCCAAAGUCAAGAAGAGCUCACCUACUUAGUCUGGGAUCCAAAAUCUGACCAGUUUCCAUCCCUGGCAUCAGUACCGUACCCUUCAUGGAUAAAUUUGAUCAUCUUCAUUUUGGCAGGAAUCCCAAGUCUUACAGUGCCUGCAUACGCCUUAUGUAGAUUGGUCUUUGUUUACUUCAAAAAGACUAAUAAUUAAAUACAAAAGGUUUACCAACUUUUCUUAACUUUUCAAACUCACUGUAAACCUAUAGUAGCCUUUAAUUAAGUGCAUCACAUACUAGCAAACAUCUUGACAAAUUGACAUUAUAUUCAGUCAGAAUUAGAAAUUCUUUCAAAUACUUAAUGACAUUGGGUUUGUAUUUCCAUGUUUCAGAUCAGAUAUUUAUUGUGUUAUUCAAGCAUUUAAUUCUCUUAACCAAUCAAAGAUAUAGCCUUUUGGCAACUUUCACGUUAUUCACACAAUUAUAAUUCUGCGCUACAGAGGCACAAUUUAAUGUUGUAUUUAAAUCGUUUAGAAAGGAUUGAAGCAUUUUAGCUAAAAAAAAAAAAACACUAUGACAUUAAGAGCAAAGCUUUUUGUAACUCACCACGAAUAGAGAAAUUAAUAUGUUCUGAUGCCAGGGGUUCUUCCCAGGUACAAAAGUUCACUAAAUUGCAUUUAAUUGCAUUUCUUUGCUAAAUGUUUUGCACCAAAACAAAAAGUGAAAUUCCUUGUAUGUGUAAAUGUACUUGGCAAUAAAAAACUAUUCUGAUUCAAAUGUA